AUGUCAUCAGGUUUUUAUUUAGUUCACACUAAGGUAGGACCGAUAAAAACAGGUUGUGGAUGUACUAAUAUGACUUGCAAAUUUGAUAGCCUCAAUUCCAUUAAUGUUUCCACUAUCAUUACUAAUCCAGAUAUAGAUCAGUUUUGGAAAUUGGAGAUAAUUGAAAUCCAAGAACAACCGAAUGAAGAUGACAAGAAGGCAUUGGAACAAUUUAAAAAUUCUAUUACCAAAGAAAACAACAGGUAUCAAGUUUGUUGGCCAUGGAAAGAUUCAAAGGUUAGCUUACUAGACAAUUAUGGCCUUUGUUAUGGACGAUUAAAGACGCUAGUCAAACGACUUCAAACCAAUCAAUCUUUGCUCGAACGUUAUGAUGAGACAAUUAAAGAGCAAUUACGGUCGAAUGUUAUUGAGAAAGUAACAGCAAAUAUGGAUCAAGAAGGUAUUAUACAUUAUUUGCCUCAUCAUGAAAUAUGGAAUAAGGACCUAAAAACAUUAGCAAAAUUUCUGGCAGUUGCCGAUGCAGAAUAUCCGUUAAUAGCAAAUAAAACCGGUGUGAACGUCUUUCGUUACAGCUCGUUUGGAGAAGAUAAUAUUGAAAGUAAUGCUAUGUCGAAUUCUGUGAUAAAAUCAUGA